GACCUUUAUGCAUCAAACAUGGCGGCUUUCCAGGCAAAAACGUUGCGUAGUGCUGAAUAAAUAGAUUAUUUGCCUUACUCUGGUCCCUUAAAGGUAAUGCUUACCUAUCGUAUUUUAUUUCCAGCAGCAUGCGGAAUGUGCUGAGACCGUACAACCGCUUGGUUCGGUUGUUACGAGCCCGUACCGAGUCGUCGCGCGUCCUGUCCUCGGUGGGGAGGGCGGUGUGGGUCCGAGACGUCGCCACAUGGUCCCCGCUGGGCACUGCCUUCAACACGAAAACCGCCAAGAGACUCAACCUCUUCCGUGAAAAUGUGGGUCUGUUCGAGGUUCCAGAGCUGACCAGCCCGUCAGGAUUUCAGCGUGCGGAGGCUAAGGUGGCACAGGAAGCAUCGGAGCUCGUAACGGCGACCCAGUCCGCGCCCACGGGCAUCCAAGUGGUCCAGCUGUUCGACAAACUGUCGGAUACUCUCUGUCGAGUGGCUGACUUGGCUGACUGUAUCCGUGUUGUCCACCCCAAUGCCAAGUUUGCCCAUGCUGCACAGCAGACAUGUUUCCACAUAGGAGCACUAGUGGAACAGUUGAACACAAAUAUUGGCCUGUAUGAUGCCUUGAAAAGACUGCUACAUGAUGAGACAGCUAUGGCAUCCAUGGAUGAGGAAUCCAGACGAGUGGCCGAGUUGUUUAUGUUUGAUUUUGAGAUCAGCGGGAUCCAUCUUCCCGACUUACAGCGUGAGAUGGCGGUACGGUUGAACGAAGACAUUCUAACACUGGGCAGUGAUUUCAGUAAGGGGGUCAACACUCCUAACGCAGUCCCCAAGUCUGUACUGCCAGACCAUCUCAAGUACUGUUUUACAGUGGACGGAGACAAGGUCAUAGUCCAGAACAUGCAUUCUGAUUCAGGGAGCGAUGCUAUCCGUGAAGCAGCCUAUAAGCUGUACCUUCACCCCAACCCUCAGCAGGAGAGAGUGUUAGAGACUCUCCUCACAGCCAGGAACAAGCUGGCACAGCUCGUCGGGUAUCCUACCUUCGCUCAUAGGACUCUCAAAGGGACCAUGGCUAGAGAUCCAGAAACAGUCAUGAGUUUUCUGAAGGCUACAGGAGAAGGUCUGAUCCACAGGACCAUGGAGGAGUUCAGCCUGAUGAGGCAGUACAAGGCUAAACACAGCCCCAGUAACCCCAACCUGUACCCCUGGGACCCACCCUACUACAGUGCCUUCAUCAAGGCAGAUAGGUUCAAGAUAGAUCCUACUGAGUAUGCCCCUUACUUUUCCCUGGGGGCCUGCAUGGAGGGUCUGAACUGCCUCUUUAGUCAACUCUACAGGAUCUCCCUACAACCCCAGGAGACCCACAAUGGAGAAAUCUGGGACUCGGAGGUCAAGAAACUGGCUGUGAUACAUGAAACAGAAGGCAUCUUGGGAUAUAUCUACUGUGACUUCUUUCAAAGGCCAGGAAAGCCCCAGCAUGACUGUCAUUUCACCAUCAGGGGAGGACGACAGCUAGAUAAUGGGGACUACCAGAUUCCAGUAGUGGUGCUCAUGCUUCACUAUCCACCUCCUACAAUGACCAAACCAACACUGCUGACACCAGGGAUGAUGGAAAAUCUCUUCCAUGAAAUGGGACAUGCCAUGCAUUCUAUGCUUGCAAGAACAAGGUAUCAACAUGUCACAGGCACCAGAUGUUCCACAGACUUUGCAGAGGUCCCCUCAGUUCUGAUGGAGUACUUUGCCUCAGACUACAGGGUGUUGUCACAAUUUGCCAGGCAUUAUCAAACAGAUGAGACACUACCUGAAGACAUGCUAAGGAAGCUGUGUGAGUCCAAGAAGUUGUUCCAGGCUUCUGAACUGCAGCAGCAGGUUCUGUAUGCCAUAGUGGACCAGGUGUAUCAUGGGAAACAUCCUCUGGGGAAGAGCACUACGGAAAUUUUUGCUGAGUUGCAAAACAAGUACUAUGGGCUGCCACAUGUUCAAGGGACAGCCUGGCAGCUGAGGUUCAACCACCUUGUGGGUUAUGGUGCCAAGUACUACUCCUACAUCAUGUCCAGGGCUGUGGCCUCCAGACUCUGGCAUCAGUGCUUCAAGGACGACCCUUUCAGUGGCACUAUGGGUGAAAGGUACAGGAGAGAGAUGUUGGCACAUGGAGGGGGAAAGGACCCAAAACUCAUGGUGGAAAGUAUGCUUCAAAAGCAGCUUUCAACUGAAGACUUGGUGCAAUCCUUACUGGAUGACUUGGGGGAAUGAAGAUGAAGAAAAGGGCUACAAGAUGCAGAUCUCUCAAAGAUUUAAUAAUCGUGGAGAUCAGCAACAAAAUGAUAUGGCACACACGCACAGAUACAGGCAGCAAAAUCCUUUAAAAACCUUCCAUAGUUAAAUGGAUAAAAUGAAAUAUGGUUCUAAUGGUUGUGUUUGCAUUUCGUACCUACAAUUGCAUGUUGGAGGGAAACUGGCUAUACUGAGUACUAUAUUUUAUGUUUUUACAUACAAAGGGUACAAUUGGAUAUGGGCUAUGUUUGUAUUUUAGUGCAAAUAUUAGGAAAAAAACAACUGUAUUUCCAUUAUUAUGUGCCAUAAUGGAGCUGGGAUGUGCAAAUCAAGUGUCAAAUUUCCUUCACUUCCGAGGCAACACAUUUUGCACCUCACUGUUAAAGCUAUGUAUUUCUGAUGCAGUUUGCCAUAAUUGUUAAGUAAUGCAUACGUAUACCCGGUAUACCUGUAAUGCCAUUCCUAUAGUUUAUGUUAAAAUAGUUAUGGUGGUGUGUAUCAGCCUCACCUGUUCUACUUAAAAAGAAUAUGUAUAUACUACUAUUAGAUAACUUCAUAUAAACAUUGGAUUGGACAAAAUUGUGAUGUCUUUAUUUGUCUGAUGUAUCAUAUCCAUAUCGUAAAUUGCUUGCCUAUAUAACAUCACCAACUCUACACAUCUGUAUGUAUACUGACAACUUUCUAAGAUGCCAUAAAGUACUUAUGGUAAUACAUGCUUAUCAGCUCCUUUGCUUUUCCUUUAAAGUAUAAUAUGAGAUUUUUAAGAUGAGAAUAAAGUUUCUAACAUAGAUUGGACAUUAGAAAAAAA